CCCAUUUUGAGCGAGAAAUGCUAAUGCAACCGCAGCAGCGACUGGCACUCUCGUGACCUGGGUGAGUCAGAAAGCUUCCAACCGCUACGCAUGGAUGAAGUGAAUCGUCAUGGACAAUCUGCCGCUCUCAUUCUGCGAGUCCGUGGAGACACGAAGGUACACUACUCCUGUGUCUGUGAACACUCUGGUCUCCAGCAUUGAAAGCGUGACCAAGGCAGUGGAGAAGGCAAUCGGUGAAGAGAUGCCUGACGAAUUUGGCCUGAUGCUGGACGACUGGAGCCAAGACACGGAGCAGUUCUUGGCUAUUUACGGAUGCUACGACUCGCCUGGCGGCCCUCGGUACCCUCUGCUGUCUAUGGCUCCUGUUAUGGACGAGCCUGACGAUCACUUGAAUGCCGAAGAGCGCAUGAGAGCAAUUGUGCGGUUCUUGCCAUUUUUUGGUAAGACUAUUAACGGCUGCAAGUUUCUCGUUGGUGAUAACUGCGCAGUCAACAAACGGCUUGCAAACCUGAUGAAUGUGCCGCUAGUUGGCUGCGCAAGGCAUCGUCUGAGUCUCGCUGUUCGAGAGUUUCUUGUUCCUUUUGAAACUGCGCUUGAUCAAGUUCAGCAGCUUAUGCGGAAGCAUCGUACAAAACCAAGCUGCAAAAUGAGGAUGAAGACACCCUUGAUGCCAAUUCUGAGCCAGGAUACACGCUGGUCCUCAACGUUCUCCAUGCUUGAACGCUACAUUCGCCUGCGUGAAUUCCUUUCUGCUAACGAUGACGACAUGAUGGAUCUGCUACCGUCAAGAGCAGUUCAUCGUAAGCUGUAG